AUGAAGUCAUGUCAAAACAAGGCAACGAAUAUCGCUCAAGAUGCUGCCAAUGAAGCUAAAGCUGCUUCAGAUAUUCAAAAUGCAGCUGCUGCUGAAGCUUCUCGUCAGAUAAAAGCUCAACUAGCGGACAAAGCUUCAUCUGCUGCAAAAACUGCUGAAGCGAUAUUGAUUGGAAAAAUGUCUGUUGUAACGCAACUGCAACAAGAAGUAAAAGAAGCUCAAGCUGUUGUUGAUGAAGAAGUCGGUUCAAUUCGACGAGCUAAGGAUUUAGUUAAAUCUGCUGUCCUGGCAGCUCAGCAAAUUGGUGAAGAAUAUAAAACACUGAGUCAAUCUUUGAGCACGUUGACAAAAAAUGUCGAAGUGUCGGAAGAAGCAUCCCAAAGAGCACGACGUGAGCUUAUCGAGCAAGAACAACUAGUGAACGAUGCACGCCGGCGUCUCCAUGAAUUGACCAAAAGGACGCGACAAGCGAAACGCGAUCUUGAAAAUACAAAGAUUGCGGUAAUGAAGGCCAACGCCGCUGCUAGAUUAGCCCAAGAGAAUGCCGCGAGGAUCAAGUCGCGAUUCGCUUCAUUCGAUAAAUCUUAAUGGCUUUAGAAAAAAAUAUCUUGCGAUUUGACCUUGUUCUACAUUUGUAGAAAUCAUUUUCUUUAAAGUGCGUAGACUUUGUAGCAAUAAAGUGAUGAAAUAAUAAUUUAUUCUAUGUUAAUUGUAAUGAUUACA